CUAUUGAACCAAGCAUGCCGUGACUAUGAAAAUGGAGAGAGGCUAUAUGCGCACAUUGAUGACGUUUGUUGUGCAGAGAGAAUCAAGUAAAGACGAACAUUAUUUUACAUUAUGAAGCUUUAUAGUUCCCCAGAACAGUUGAGUGUUUGAGUGCAUGUUUGUAAAUACCACAACUGGAGAAAACAGGAGAAGGUGAGUCCGGGUGAGGAUGACGAUGACUCACGUGGGGGCAGUAUUUGGUGCAGUAAUCGCAGUGAUGGCCAUCCUACUGCACUCCUCCAUUCACAAGAUAGAGGAGGGACACCUAGCUGUUUACUACAGAGGAGGAGCGUUGCUAACCACACCCAAUGGCCCUGGAUACCACAUUAUGAUGCCCUUUCUUACCACCUACAGAUCAGUACAGACGACUCUUCAAACGGAUGAGAUAAAGAAUGUGCCUUGUGGAACUAGUGGGGGAGUGAUGAUCUACUUUGACCGUAUAGAGGUGGUCAACAUGCUGGUGCCCUCGUCUGUGGUGGAUACAGUGAAGAACUAUACCGCUGAUUAUGACAAAACUCUCAUUUUCAACAAGAUUCACCACGAACUCAACCAAUUCUGCAGCGUACACACUCUACAGGAGGUCUACAUCGAGCUGUUUGACAUCAUUGAUGAGAACCUGAAGAUCGCUCUGCAGAAAGACCUCAACUCUAUGGCGCCAGGACUGACGAUACAGGCUGUCCGAGUCACCAAGCCCAAAAUCCCAGAGGCCAUCAGGAGAAACUUUGAGCUCAUGGAGGGGGAGAAGACUCGUCUGUUGGUAACAGUUCAGACUCAGAAGGUCGUGGAGAAGGAAGCCGAGACCGAAAGGAAGAAAGCCAUCAUCGAGGCUCAGAAGGUGGCCGAAGUAGCACAGAUUCAUUUCCAACAGAAGGUGAUGGAGAAAGAGACUGAGAAGAGGAUCUCUGAGAUAGAGGACACUGCGUUCUUGGCAAAAAUGAAGGCCAGGGCUGAUGCGGAGUAUUAUACAGCCGCUAAGUUUGCUGAAGCUAACAGGUUGAAGUUAACACCCGAGUACCUUGAGUUGAUGAAGUACCAGGCGAUAGCAGCCAACAGUAAGAUCUACUUCGGCCAGGACAUCCCUAACAUGUUUGUCGAGGGACACAGCCCUACCCCUACCCAGGAUGCUGAGCCCCCGAAAGCCUCUGAACAGGCCAGACACUAAGAUCUGAGACUAGCUGUCUGUAUGGAAUGUGUGAGUCAUUCCGCUAAUUGGGGUGUGUAAGGCUUUAGUCUCAAUUCUAUCAGCCAGAGGGGGGGGGGGAUUGGGAAAGAGGGAUGGUGAGAGAGAGGAGAGAGAUAGGGGAGAGGAAGGAGUGAUAGAGAAGCAUGGAAGGAGAAAUUCAGAAAAAAUAGUGCAGGGAGAAAGAAAGAGGGAGAGAGCGAGCGGGCGGUCUGUCUACACCUGUGUGUUGAGCAGGCAGUCAGUAAUGCUAAUAUCUGGGCUGGGGUGAGUGUCAGGCAGGUGUCUCCCUGCUUUACAUGUGCAGCUUUGCAUCGGAUGCAACUCUUGGCUUUGUUUUUUGGAAUUGUAUGAUUUUUUUGUAGUUUGAUGCUUUAUGCAAAAUUAUUGAUUUAUAUUUAACUUGAACAUUAAGUUCAGCCUUACUGUCUAAUUUGUUUUUAGCUUAACUAGAAUGUGAAGAAGGCAACACUAAUUCUGAACUAAUGGGGUUCCGGAUCUGAUUCUAAAUGGGGGUGGGUUUACUGGUACUCAGUCUCUUUCUAGUCAUCGACAGCCUGUGUGUGUGAGCAAGAAAAGGUUAUGUGUGUGAGACUGAAUGAGUGAGUGAGAGAGAGAACCAGAAAAGCAGUGUGUGUGUGUGAGCCCAUGCUCCACUCUAACCGCAGAGCAGAUCUAACUGAGCCAGGACAAUGAGACACUACAAACCCUCAGUAUGUCUGUCUGUCGGCACACAUGGGUUGGACUUUUUAUAAGCGCAUAAACACCUGGUGGAACUCCUUAGAACUCUUCUUAGAACCGGUGUGGUUCUAUUAUAACUCUGGGGGUUUGUGGGACUAAGGGCUGCGAGAGGACUGGCUUGUAUUGGCAUUCUUAGCUUAAGGGCUUCUGGGUAGUGUAGUCUUGGUGUGUAUAUUCAGUUGGUAAUCUAGUGUCAGUGGAAUAGUUGUAGUUAGAUGGGUUGAUUCUGAGGCUGGGAUUAAACAAAUGACCUGGGAUCAGUUUGAACUGUAUUUCUCUGAUUAAGGCUGGGCUUAAUUAAUGAUCUAGGAUCAGCUUAAACUGGCUGGCCAAAAGACACUGAAGUCAGACCUGCCCUUAUUAUCUUUCUGUUUACUCUGAAACACCUCCAGUAGGGAAUACAGGACUACUAAUAUAAGGGCUGUUGACUGUUCGCCUGGAACCACUACGCUGUAUAUCUGCUUGUUUGACUGGGCAUCGAUGUAGAAUACAAUUAGCCAUGUGUGGCUGUUGAACGCAGAACCAGACAAACAGGCUCAGACUAAAUUGACACAGGUAGAGCUGAAGGCCGAUUCUAUUUUCACGCUAUCGUUCCGUUCAAACCAAACUGUGCUGGCUCUAAUAUUUUCUUUUCACAUAGUCCAUUUAAACGUUUUCAGCAUGGUUCCAGGCCAACAACUAUGGUUGUGUAACCAGGCCAGCUCAGUACAGCUUUGUUUGACUUCACUCAUUUCGGCUCAGUAGUGUGAAAAGUCCUAGGUAGUGUUGGUAAGUUUAGUUAGUUUGUACUAAUAGGUAGAGAGGUAGCGUUAGUGUUAACUCUCAGGAAAGAGCUUCAGGUGAUAUAUAUAUAUAUAUAUAUAUAUAUAUAUAUAUAUAGUGCUUCUAUAUCCCUAUAUGGUUCUUUAUACAUAAUGGCUGUAGUGCCACCUUCAGUCCCAGAAAUGACAGGCGUAGGAAUUGACAGGCUUACAGAGAUAGACUUCAGUUCAGUAAAGCUACUAGGGUAGUUCAGUAGAUGAACCACCACUAACAGUGAAACUACUCUGGAGGAGUGUAACACAAAGUGGGUUCACAGAGUUAGCCAGCUAACUUUGAUGAACGCUCAGAUAUAGGCUAGCUCUUGAUGUUCUGGUUUGUUAAGAAAGAUCAACGUUUAUCAGUUGUUUGGAAUGUUGAGUGAGUCAGUUACUGUGCCAAUUUCAAGUGUGUAUAUAAACUUGGACAUAUGAAUCCAGAAUAUUUAGGAAAGUUAGCUGGCGAACUCCUUCAAUCCUGCCCUUUGACAUCAUGCUACUGUGCUGCUGUUUACUUGAUCUCACCAAUCUUUCUCCUACGGCACUUGUGGCAGUUUAAAUUAGAAAAUGCAGAAAAGGAUGGUAUUCAAUUUGUUAUUAAAAUAAUUAACAUGUUUUUGUGAAUGUUACUUUUGUACAAUUUUCAUAAUUUGAACGGUCUUAUUUUGAAAGAUUCAUAUGCAAAUAAGUUUUGACAAUGUUCGAAUAUAUGUAAAAUAAAACCUAUUUUGAUACCACAA